CAUCUUUCGAUUCUUUUUCCAAACUUCGACUUCCUCCCAUCCGCCGCUCGACAACAACAUCCCUCUGCGACCGCAAGUAUCUCGGAAGAAGCAUAAUACUCUUAGAACCAACCGUUGCGCGUUCGAUUCCCGUUGUGGCCCUGAUACAGUCCAAGAAUUUGAACCCCGAACAGUCGCCCGCUGUCACGAUCAUCAUCCGCAACCCUCUGCCGAUGGGCAUCAAGCACUUCUCGCCAUGACGUCGAAUGGCGUGCCUACCCCCCAGCCGCCGGACUCGGCCCUCGACACAAUGGCCGGCUCUUCCGACCCCUUCCCUCCGCCCGACCCGAUCCGGUUUCCCAACACGCGCCGCCGCGCAUCCGCCUUGGCGAUAAAGAGCCGAAUCAACCCUCCAGACACGAAUCCCGCAGACCCCGACACCUGCCGGAUAUGCAGAGGCGAGGGCUCACCCGACGAGCCGCUCUUCUACCCGUGCAAAUGCAGCGGCAGCAUCAAGUUCGUCCACCAGGACUGCCUGAUGGAGUGGCUGUCGCAUUCGCAAAAGAAGCACUGUGAGCUCUGCAAGACGCCCUUCCGCUUCACCAAGCUCUACGACCCCAACAUGCCAAAAGCUCUGCCGGCCCAUGUCUUCGUCAGCCACACGGCCAAGUACCUGGUCCGCAAUUUGCUCGUCUGGGCGAGGGCCGCCCUGGUGGGAGCCGUCUGGCUGGUGUGCUUGCCGUACGUGAUGCGCUCCGUGUGGUCGUGUCUGGUCUGGAUCAGCGAUGAGGGCCUGGGCGGCCGGCCGGCCAUUUCCGCGACGGUUGACGCUUUCAACUUGCUAUCCAGCGCACCAUAUGGCAGCUAUGUGUGUCCGUCGAGCCCGCUCUUUGCUGCCGACACGACCCCUGCUGCCGCCGCCAGGAUCGUCAAGAACUUGUACGGUAUCAACCUCACCUCCAGCGACCCCAUCUACUCCACCAUCAUGCGCCUCCUGCUGGGCGGCCCGGGCUCGUCCGAGAAGCCUGCUGCCGCUCUCGCGAAUGCGACGGUUCGCCUCCCCUCAGAACCAUCACACCAGACCCUUCUGGGCGGCAUCGUUUUCCUUCGGAACCUCACGCGAUACCCCUCGGUCAACCGAGCCAUCAUCUCCGUACUCGAGGGCCAAAUCAUUACAGUUGUAGUCAUUGCAUGCUUCAUCUUGAUCAUCUUAGUUAGAGAUUAUGUUGUGCAACAGCAGCCUGAAAUCAACAUGCGCGCCGCCUUUGCCGCCGGCGAUAUCCCGCCCCAGGCCGCUGACGCCGAGGAUAAUGCGGACGUGCCGGACGAGGAAGACGACGAGGAGGAGGAACCACUCGAAACGAAUCACGAUGGCCCUAUCGAUGCAUUCGACGGAACAGAGCCCGCCAACCACCCUACCGCCCCUUUUAUCCCCCGACAUGGCUCUGACCCCCCCGGCUCAUCGGCAGGACGGCCGCUCAUACCCAACUUCGCGCAGAAUCACCCAAGACCCGCGCCCGGAUUCGACCGCGGAACUCCCAUGCACGAGUUUGACCACGCAACAGUGCACGAGUACCUCGACAUUUAUCGCGAGGCGGGCGGUGAUCCAGAGCUGAUACUACGGAUUGCUCGGGAGCGGAACCUGGACACCAGGCUGGAUUAUUGGAUGCGGCUGACCAGGUCGAUGAUGGAUCGGCAGCGGGAAAGCGAAACAUUUGAUGACAACCAGGCUGGGCCUUCGAGCGCGGCUGAUACUGACUCCACAAAUCCAGAAGUCGGGGAUGCCUCAGACAAGGGCAAAGGCAGACUUGUGGAGGACACGGAAGAGGACGGGAACUACUCGAUGGGAAACCCCAUGCGACGGAGAGCUAAUACCGACGGCCCUCCGGUCACCAGUUCCAUCAAUCCUUUGGCAAACAACAGCUGGUCCUUCGCAGCCCUUCCCUCGCCCCCUCCGGAUCCGGAUCCGCUGUUUCCAGAUUCCCCUGCACACGAGUUGGAAGACAGCUAUCCGUCUUGGGAAACCCCAGAGUCUUCCACCGGCACCAGGGCUUCGUCUCUCGUCCGCGACGACCCAAGCUACGGCCCGGAGGUUGGACCCAGCCGCCCGCAUGAGAGCCCUAUGGCCCACGGAGCUCUGCAGCCUGACCCACCACGCCGCGAGCCCGCUGGCUUGGCCGACAGGGUCGCCGACUUUAUGUGGCGCCAGGUGGACGACAUAGACGAGGCUGAGCUCGCUCCCGUCAAUUCCCUCGGCGACUUUGCCGAAGAGGAGCCCGACGAGGACAUCCCGGGCAAUGUGCCGGCCAACCCAAACGGCGGCAACCAGGACAUGGCCGAUGCGGCCGCCGCCGACGCUGUCGAAGACGCCGAAGACCUAGAAGGCAUUCUGGAGCUCCUCGGCAUACGAGGGCCCGUUGCCGGUCUGUUCCAGAACGCCAUAUUUUGUGCGUUUCUCGUUUCCGUCACCAUAUUUCUCGGCGUCUUCGUCCCAUACAGCAUCGGCCGCGUCAGCAUCUGGGCCCUGGCGAACCCAAUGCGCCUGGCACGCAUGCUUUUCAGCCUCUCCAAGUUCAUCCAGGACUGUGCGCUGCUCCUUGGGGGUCUGGCAUUGUUGGCCAUUUCCGAAUGGAUCCGCGUGCUGGGCCGCGCAUUGAUGUUUCCGUCGCUUGCCGAAUAUUUGGGUGGUGUGGUCAACGCGUCCAAGGCUAUGGCCCUCAGCGCGGCAAGCAGGAUCGCCAGCGGCUUGAUGAACGAACUGCCGCUUAUCUCGGCCUCCGAAGUGCGCAACUUUUCGGCCGUCAGUCACGAGGCGCUGUUGACGCUCAAGGAUCAUAUUGCGCUGGCUUUCUUGGCGAUGUGGCGGCUGCUCGCAUUUUUGCUCGGCGGUGACUACUCUGUGAAGGGCCCUCAGGUUUUGUCCGUCGCAGCCAAUAUAUUCGAGGUUGCCUGGACCUCCCUGAAGACCUUGCCGACGGCCAUUGUCAACCCGAGUUCCUGGGUCCUCGACCUGAAUCUGCCCGAGGUCGCACGCACGGUGAACCCAGAACUCGCCCACUGGGGCGCGGUGGACAGGUUCUGGGCGGUGCUCGCAGGCUAUGCCGCCAUAACAUUUCUCGCGGGUCUCUACCUGCGCCGGGGCAACCCACUGUCGAGCUCUCCGGCGGUGCGAGAGUGGGAGGCGUCCAUCAUUGAUGGGCUCAACCAGGCCAGCGGUGUGAUGAAGGUUAUCCUGAUCAUCAGCAUCGAGAUGCUGGUCUUCCCGCUGUAUUGCGGCAUGCUGCUCGACGCGGCCCUGCUUCCGCUCUUCGAGAACGCCACCCUCAAAUCCCGGCUGCUUUUCACCAUCAACUUUCCCAUCACGUCCAUAUUUGUCCACUGGUUCGUCGGCACGGGUUACAUGUUCCACUUCGCCCUCUUCGUGUCCAUGUGCCGCAAAAUCAUGCGCAAGGGCGUCCUCUACUUCAUCCGCGAUCCCGACGACCCCGAAUUUCAUCCGGUGCGAGACGUGCUCGAGCGCAACGUGACCACGCAGCUGCGUAAGAUCCUGUUCUCCGCCUUUGUCUACGGCGCCUUGGUUAUCGUGUGCCUCGGCGGGGUCGUCUGGGGCCUCUCUCUGUGCCUCCCCGGUGUUCUGCCAAUCCACUACUCGUCCAACGAGCCGGUUCUGGAAUUCCCGAUCGACCUCCUCUUUUACAAUUUUCUUAUGCCGUUUGCCGUUCGGUUCUUCAAGCCAAGCCACGGGCUCCAUGCCAUGUACACGUGGUGGUUUCGCCGGUGCGCCCGGGCGCUUCGCAUCACCUGGUUCCUGUUUGGCGAGCGGCGGAUUGACGAAGAGGGCCAGCUUGCGCUCAAACCUGACUCGCCCGACCGGAAGCUGCCUUUCUGGCGACGGAUGUUCCUCGAAGUCGACGCCCACGGCAAGGUGGUCGCCAGGACGUGGCGCGGCAUCUUUGAAGGUGGCACAGCCAAGCGCCCGACGAUGAAGAAGGAGCACAUAAUCCUCUAUCAGGCCCGGAAAGCGAGCCUGGUGCAGUCGGGCCAGCUCAUCCCGAAUGGACGGUUUGUGCGUACGCCGGCAUCCGACCAGGUUAAAAUCCCCAAGGGCGGCACCGUGUUCCUGGAAGUAGACGAGAAGAACACAUGGCGGGACGGACUGGCGGACCGGCCGGCGCCAGACAUCUACUCGACCAAGCAGUACCAGCUCGUUUACGUGCCGCCGCACUUCCACGUCCGCGUCUUCCUCUUCAUCCUGUCCAUCUGGAUCUUUGCCGCCGUCACUGGCGUCAGCAUCACCAUCGUUCCGCUGAUAUUUGGGCGGUGGAUGUUUGGGCUGCUAAUUCCCGAACACAUUCAAACCAACGAUGUCUACGCGUUUAGCAUUGGCAUCCACAUCCUCGGCUCGGCGGCCUAUGCACUUUUCCAUGGGCGAGCAAUCUACCGCGCCGUCAAGGAGCGCGCCACGGCCCUUGUCGAAUCUGUGAGGCAGCGUGACGGAGUCCGGAAGGUGAUCGGUGUCGUCGCCCGCACUGCAAGGGUCAUCUACGCCGCCUUCUUUGUGCUCAUCGUCUGCCCGCUGCUCAUCGCCUCGCUAAUGGAGCUUUACGCGCUGCUCCCGCUCCACCAGAUCAUGUACGGCGCUUUUCUGAGGCCGGGCUUUGCGGCGGCCGACACUGUCACGAAGGCCAACCCGGUGCAUACCACCCGCGUAGUGCAGGCGUGGACGAUCGGUCUGCUCUACCUUAAGCUGGGGAUGCGCAUCACCAACACUUGGUUCCGGGGAGGGCGUCUGUCGAAUGCGGCCAGAGCGGUGCUGCGGCGGGGAUGGCUGGACCCGGACGUGGCCAUCCUGACGCGCUGCUUCAUCGUCCCUGGCCUAGCGAUGUCCUUGGCUGCCGUGGCGGUGCCCUUGCUCAUGGCCAAAGCCGCCAUUGCGGAAGGGCUCGUCGGGUUCCUGUGUGGAGCGUUUGCCAAACCGGAGGGAGCGCCCGAUCAGGGCCUGGUCGACGCCUACUCGGUUCUCGUUUACCGCAUGAGCUUCCCCGCGGUCGCGCUCGUCAUCGCCAGCGUUAAGUGCGUGUGGGGCCUGGUGAGCGUCUUCCGCAGCUGGCAGAUCCGUAUUCGGGAUGAGGCGUAUCUGAUUGGGGAGCGGCUUCACAAUUUUGGCGCGACGAAUGCGCCUAGGGCGAGAGGUGCUUGGAGAGCUGGCGGGGCGCGGCUGUGAGCUGGCAUGGCAAAACCUGAUAUCGCAAUUUGUUGUUUGUGUGGCUACCGAUCACAGGAGGUAUUCUCCCUGAACCAGCGAUGCUUUGGCUGACAUUUGCGGGCUACGGAGAAGUUCGGAGGCUCCUCAUCAUGGGCUAGCGUUUGGUAUUAGGGACGUCACUAAGCAGGGGCAUUGGGAGGGCACGGUUGUAUGCAUCAAUAGACCACCCGGUAUUAAUGAUCUCACGAACAGCGCAGGGCACCCGAUCAUGUUGUGACGAAAUUGUCGACACACAGCUUGACGAUUGUUUUCCCACCUCCAAGUUCGACUCCGUCCCUG